GGUCGUGGAAUGGGUGGCCGCGGCUCGAAUCGUCUCAGGCCCGCCCUCCGAGUUCCAGCCUCCAGGGAAGCAAAAUGGAUGCCAAGUAUUCUGGAGAAAUGUUGAAGCAUUUGGAGAAGCAAAACGAGUUGCUGAUGGAUGCCUACAGAUCAAUGUCACAUGAACUACACAAGCUGCAGGUUGAGGAAGAAAUGCUCAUGCGCAAGUUUUAUGAGCUCAUGUCAGCACAGGGCUUCACUAAAAAGGACGGAGUCGGAAAAGAUGCUUCGGGUGAUAACAGAAGUGGAGAGUCAACGGCACCAGUCAUUAAAGAUGGAGAUGAACUGCAGUGAGGACCCAGUUUAAUAUCGGACUCAGAGAAUCAAAUGCUCCAUUAAGUGGAGAUUAUGUGACCAGUCAUCUCUCUUUGCUCUAAGAUUUUAACAAAAAUCUUGCACAGUCAUUCUUUAUGGAAGGUUAGUCCAAUGCCGCGGCAUGAAGCUGAAGGUAAUCUCUGCAAGGGGUGUUGUCGAGAAUAUUGUUGUAUAGGGGAUUCGUUGACUGGGCCUUGCUUCUGGUUCAGGCACACUACUUUCUUCUGCCUCAGUGCAUGAAUGCUCACUUGAAACUUGAAAGGGCUUGAAUCCAAGACCAGAUUCUCCUUUUACAUUUACUCUUGUGACGGACAAAACUAGCUAGACAUUUACUCAGUAGCUUCGAGAUGAUGUUUAAUUGUUCCUUUUUGUAGACAUGGGUUACUCUGCACUAUGUAAAGGCAAAAACUAAUGUAUAUGUUCUCUGAGUUUUGCUUCAAAGAAGAGAGCAUUUUGCACCUUGGGCUUUU